CAUUAGUAAAGGACAUGAUUCGACACACGUUGUACCACAUAUAUGUUUCCCAGAUUAUCAAAAUAAACACCCAAGCUACGACGAGCCUUCCACUCGACUGCGCUUGUAUGAUGGGGGCGUCAGCGGCGACAAAGAGAAAGGGGCGAGGGAGACGUUGGUGAGAGAGAGUGAAAGAGGAGGGAGAUAGGCCUACUCAGAAAUCUCGGCAAACGUGCAUUGAUGACAGAAGAAAAAAAAAGAGUGAGUAUGAAUCAGUCGAGAUGAGUAGUGGUCUAGAGCAACGGGAAUUAUGGUACAGUGCGAAAUAGAAUACAGACAGGGCAUGCGUUCUCCUCUGAAUAACCUAUUCAAGGAUGAAUUGGGAAAGGGUCUCUGCCACCAGAAUAGUGAAGCAGCUUGACAUGAAUAACAAAUAAAGGACCUAUUCGAGCGCACAACAAGCAACAAGACGCGCGGAGGAAUGUGCAAGAAAUAUUGACUCUAUUCGAGCUACCCAAAUCGACGUCUCGGAUCCCGAUGGACCUCCUCCGUCGUUGUUAGUAAACACGCGACGGAUUAUAGACCCGUAAACAUUUAGAAUUCAAUUUGAACCAUUCCGUUGCAUGGUUUGGACUGUUUCUUUUGUCCGACGAGACCUGAGAAACUUCUACAAUGGCACUGGUCAUGGAACCUGUGAGCAAGUGGAGUUCAAGUCAAGUGGUGGACUGGAUGAAAGGUCUGGAUGACUGUCUGCAGCAGUACAUCAAGACCUUCGAGCGAGAGAAGGUUGGAGGAGACCAGCUUCUCCGCAUCACCCACCAGGAGCUGGAGGACCUGGGAGUCUCCAGGAUCGGCCACCAGGAGCUCAUACUGGAGGCCGUGGACCUGCUCUGUGCUCUGAACUACGGCUUGGAGACGGAGAACCUGAAGACCCUGUCCCACAAGCUCAACGCGUCCGCCAAGAACCUGCAGAACUUCAUCGCCGGGCGCCGCCGCAGCGGCCAGUACGACGGCCGCACCGCCCGCAAGCUCCCCAACGACUUCCUCACCUCCGUGGUGGACCUCAUCGCCGCCGCCAAGAGCCUGCUGGCCUGGCUGGAUAGGUGCUAUUUCUUUUUCAGGUCUCCUUUCGCCGCAGUGGCGGACUAUUCCAUGACGAGAAAUAACGUCAUUCAGCUGUGUCUGGAACUCACUACAAUUGUGCAGCAGGAUUGUUCCGUGUACGAGACAGAGAACAAGAUCCUGCAUGUGUGUAAGACCCUGUCGGAGGUGUGCGACCACAUCAUCUCUCUGUCGUCCGACCCCAUGGUCUCCCAGUCCGCCCACCUGGAGGUGGUCCAGCUGGCCAACGUCAAGUCCACGGAGGGCCUGGGCAUGUACAUCAAAUCAACAUACGACGGCCUACACGUCAUCACCGGGACCACCGAAGGCUCCCUGGCCGACCGCUGUAAGAAAAUCCACGCCGGGGAUGAAGUCAUUCAAGUCAACCAUCAGACCGUGGUGGGCUGGCAGUUGAAGAACCUUGUCAACUCCCUGCGUGGGGACCCGGGGGGAGUAACCCUGACCCUAAAGAAGCGCCCCCAGAGCACUCUCACCUCCACCCCGGCCCUGCUGAAGAAUAUGAGAUGGAAGCCUUUAGCUCUGCAACCAAUCAUCCCUCAGAGCCCUGGCAGCAGCGUGGCCACGCCCACCAGCACGCUCAGCACUCCGUCCAGGAGGGACAGCUGCGCCCUGCAGGACCUCUACAUCCCCCCCCCACCUGAGGAGCCCUACACACCUAGAGACGACCAGGGGAACCUCCAAGGGGAGGACUCCCAUCCGGACGUCCCCGUCACCACGGGCUCCGAGUCGCCCAACUCCUUCCUGGACCAGGAGUGUCGGAGGCGCUUCCCUCACGUGGAAGACGACACCGUCCUCUACUGCUACGAGUAUGACCAGAGCCAGGGCCCGCCGCCGGCCCGCCGAGGCAGCACGCCCACGUAUGGCAGACUCAGACCCAUCUCCAUGCCAGUGGAAUAUAACUGGGUGGGAGACUAUGAAGACCCGGGCAAGCUGAAGAGAGAAAGCAGGAGAGAGAACUCCCUCCUGCGGUUUGUGAGUGAGGACAAGGCCUCGGUCCCGGAGUACCUGACCGGACGCAGUCUUGGCCAGAGCAGGAAGAGGAGUGACAAGGCAGGAAGUCCCGCCCACUACGCCCUGGUUCCCGCCCUUCAGAUGCAGGUGUCCAUGUCCACCUCCAGCUCCGACUCCGCCUCCCUUUACCACAUGUUUGAGAGGUCCUCGCUUCGCUCCAUGUCUCGGAAAAAGAACAAAAUAGGGGGCUCUCUCUCCUCCAUCAGCAAGCGGCGCAUCUCCUGUAAGGACCUGGGCAGAGGAGACUGUGAGGGCUGGCUGUGGAAGAAGAAGGAUGCCAAAAGCUACUUUUCUCAGAAGUGGAAAAAGUACUGGUUCAUUCUGAAAGAUACCUGCUUGUACUGGUACAUGAACGAAGAGGAUGAGAAGGCAGAGGGCUUUGUGAGUCUCCCAGAGUUCAAGAUUGACAGGGCGUCCGAAUGCCGAAGGAAAUUUGCUUUCAAGGCCUGCCACCCGAAGAUUAAAAGUUUCUACUUUGCUGCAGAAAAUGUGGAUGACAUGAACAGGUGGUUGAGCCGUCUGACCAUGGCUGUGGCCGGUUAUUCGGAACAGGAGAGGCUACGACAAGGCCAAGACUACUGGAGUGAGAGUGACCACGAGGACGUGGAGAUGCCUUCCAUGCCCAAACAGGACAGCCCUCCUCCCCCUUACGACACCUACCCCAGACCCCCCUCACAACUCUCCGGGUCCCUGCAGGCGUCCCAGAUGAGCCCCUACCUGGAGCCCAAACACCGCCUGUCCUCCUCGGACACCUUCCAGUCCCGCUCCUCCCACGAGGACUUCCGCCCCGACUCGUCCCAGGAGGGCGGCGGGGGCGGCUCCUCCCCGGGGCAGAAGUCGGCCAGCCAGCGGCGCUCGUGGCAGGACCUGAUCGAGACCCCCCUGGGCAGCUCGGGGCUGCACUACCUCCAGACCCUGCCCCUGGAGGAGGCCAUGCUCCUGGAGUCCGGAGGGGGCUUCUCCUCGGCGGAGCACCGCAGGCAGUCCACCCUCCCCGCCCAGCGCAGCUUCCUGCGGGAGCACUACGGGCCCCUGCCGGUUCCCAUCAGUCCCCUCGUCCCCGCGGAGGCGCUGGGGAAACCUCGCAGCUUUACCCUGCCCCGCGACAGCGGCCUCCACGCCAUCCUGGCAGCCUCGGCUGGAGCCUCCGAUCACAGGGAGGCACAUCGCUACGGGGGCGGUCAUCACAUAGACUCAGGAUGUGAGAGGGAGGGCAGGCCCCAGGCCGAUUCCCUGGGGGACCUGUAUCGGGCCCUGGAGAGGGCCAACCUGGGCUCCGCGGCCGAGCACCGGCCGCCCGCCCGCCUGGAGUACAAGCGCUCCUUCGUCCGGCGCGUCAACGACCCGCUCCUCAGCGAGAAGCUGCACCGCCUCCGCAUCCUACAGAGCGCGCUCAAGAAUGUGCCUCUGCAGGAUUCCGACCCUUCAAUGGGGUUUUUAGGGUAGUCUAUGUGGAGUGCUUGGAGGCUACUCCUUCAUAGACAUCCCUUUUCUAUGAGAGGAAAAAAAACGCCACCUCACUCCAUCCUUCUCCCGGUCCACCCCUCUGUGAUACCCCGCUCUCUUACCAUACCUCUCCAACUGCACACAUCUCUCACACCUGUGUCCCUCCGCCACAUAUUCUAGUUCCUUCAAUGUCAUUACCUCCAUAGUCUGUAUCUACAGUACAACGCCAAACUCGACACAACUUCGCUUUCACUCACUGUCAAACGUCAAAGGAGUGACAUUGAAGAAGGACGUUUAAGAAAGGGGGGAGAAAAAAAAGAAGAAAUGUAAGGCACACAUCCACUGCCUUGGGUGUCCGGAUGGCGUCGGAUGAGCACUUUUUAGUCCCUUGAAAGACGUUAUGUUUAUCGAGGGCGCUCGUUUGAAGUCACUGCUCUCUCGCAUGGCCAUUUUAUAACCUAGCUUCUGUACGAUGUCGUCAGUUCUAAGAAAUAAUGCUGGAGUUGUAUACUGUCCAUCUGCAGUGAUCUUAAAUGAAUUCUAAGCAAUCUUAUUUUUGAUGUGCGUUCCGUAUGUGCGUUCUGCAUGUACGAACGGUCUCGUAAACACGAGGACGUCUGUGUUGUUCGAUGAGUGUACAUGUAGAUAUGUAUUUAUUUAACGGACUGGGUUUUACACUGCCGUAAUGCCGGCACAAAAUGUAAGACACGAAUCAGAGUUCAGAUAAUUUUGUCGUGCCUCCUGAGUUUCUGUAAACCAGACGACUCCACGGACAGGGAUGUCAACAAGAUGUAGUCCUUCCCUUGUGGUACCUACACUCUGAUUCACAGAGACAGAUAAGGACUGGCAAUAACUAACCAGUACUGUAAUAUGAAGGAUCAGAUACACUUGUCUAUUUUUGUAUGCAUGCCAUCUCUACAAAGGUUUGUAAAUGGGUUUUGUAUUCCAAGGUGUGUGUGUGUGUGUGUGUGUGUGUGAGAAUCGGAGACUUCCAAUGUGAACCCGUGUCCUCCACGUUGUGUUUCUAUGAAAUAUUUUACAUUUGAAGCCCAGAAAGUGUUUUUUGUAAAAGUGGUCUCUGGAAACGGUAAAUAACUGUAUUUAUAAACUGUUCAGUGUUCGAUGAGCAUGCUCCUCAUUACUCAAAACUGAAUAUCGCGCCAUCUGAGAUCAACGGACAGUCGCACAUGUGUGCCGUAUUGUGGGUACUUCUUUUUUUAUCCAAUAAAAGGUGACUUGACCAUCACUUUAUCAUUCAGUUGCUCCCUUAUCUCCUUUUCUUUUUUCUUUCCUCCAUUUUCUUUCUUUCUCUUGGAUUCUUUCUCUUUUUUUUUGCAGUGGCAACACAUUAUUUCUGUAAUGACUCAUCAUUCAUCUUAAAAAAGAUUCACCCUAUAUAGGCAUACAACACAUCUCUAUAUAUACCUGUUUGGAAAGCAUUACAAAUCACUGGCACGGUCUGUCUAGUUAAUUGAGAGCUGAGUAGAUGCAGAAGUCGAUCUGCCUUCUUGUUUAUAUGGAUAAUUACUGUACGUGUAUACACCGUUACAAGGCUUUUUCAAACAUGAUCUACCCGUUAAAUUGCUUGAAAAGUCGUAAACAAUUUAUUUGUCUUUAAUAAAUUCAGUGACCAAUUUAUUUAAGUCACUAGCAUUCUAAUGAGCAUUGAAAGGACCAAGAUCUUUGUGUUCCCCAUUAAUCUCAAUCUAUGGGGACAGCAAUUUAUGAUCAUGGCUGACUUACAAACAGUUAAUACAACACAUCAUCCCAUUGGAGAUGGCCAGUACUGUUUAAUGAGCUUGUUAAUUUCUGCUUUGUUAUCAAACUAAACUAAUGUGUUUAUGUUCAUUAGUGUGAGAAAAACAUUGAUUUUUCUUAAACGUCCCAUGGGCAGAGAUACAAGUACAUUUUACAAAUUAACCCAAAUGUUUUCCUCUAACAGUUGGAUGUUUUAUAAUCUAACUUUGUUUUGACAGACAACCCCUCUGGGAAUAACG